AUGGCGGAAUGUUGUGUCCUUAAUAGCUCUGAUGGCUAUGCGAACAAGUCGUUCGACUGCGAUUUGGAUGAAAUUUUGUGUUAUAUAAAAAACGAGAAUUGCUUUGCCUAUGAUAGAAAGCGUGUUGGAUGGUUAGAUAGUUGGUUGUCACCCGGCGGAAAGUAUAAGAAGUUCACAAGUUCUAAUUCAGACUUGAUCUUUACAUGGAACUAUGAGCUGGGUACUCUGUCAUUUAAAG